AUGGCAGGGAAAAAAACAAAAGGAAAACAAAAGAUAGAUAUUAAAAAAGUAACGAAAAACGAAGAUAAAAUGGUCACAUUUUCUAAGCGUAAAAACGGAAUUUACAAUAAGCUCAGUGAGCUCUCCAUUCUCUGCGGUGCAGACGUCGGAUUUCUCCUCUACUCCGGCUCAGGAAAACCGUUCACGUUUGGAAGCCCUUCCUUCGAUGAGUUAUGCAAAAACCUAAACAAUCUUAUGGAGAUCCAAGCAGAUGCAGAAGAAGAGAAACUGAAGAUGGGUGAGGCUGCUUAUGCACCGUCGUUGCCUAUGAAGAGUACUGACGAAGAAGAGGUGAAACAGUUGUUGCGGAGGUACGAGGAGUUUUAUGAGGAACUGUGUGAGGUUGCUGCUGCAAAAAUCCGGGGAAGAUAUGAUGCGUCAGCCUCGUCGUCGUUUCCUCCACAUGGCUGA